AUAAGCAUAUGAACAAAUCAGGCCAUGGUACCACUAGCGUACUCUUUUACUGGCGCUGGCGAAGCUUACCGAAGCGAGAAGUGAAGCGCAAACGUUGAUCGACGUAUGAUGAUGUUCGUAUUAGAAAAUCCGGUGUCUCUUAUUAAGAGUUUUAGGUGAAAAGAAGUGUAAAACUAACAAAUGAUCCGAAGUGAAAAUGGCUGACGAACAGGAAAUCUGUCAGCUAGAACUGCUGUGCAAGCAGCUCUAUGAAUCUCAGGACAGUACGAUUAGGGCAGACGCCGAAAAGGCCCUCGUUGUCUUUCAAGAUGGACCUGAUGCAUUAACCAAAUGUCAAGUAUUAUUAGAUCGAGGGAACUCCUGUUAUGCUCAACUUUUAGCAGCAACCACUCUUACCAAACUGGUUUCCCGAAGUGCACAGGGCCUGAGUCUUCAGCAAAGAGUUGAUAUAAGGAAUUACAUUUUGAAUUAUUUGGCCACAAGGCCUAAACUACCUAAUUUUGUUGUACAAGCUCUUGUAACUCUUUUUGCCAGGAUAACAAAACUUGGAUGGUUUGAUACACACAAAGAUGAGUACAUUUUUCGAAAUGUGAUAGCUGAUGUCACCAAAUUUUUGCAAGAUUCAGUAGAGCACUGCAUGAUAGGAGUUCAAUUAUUAUCACAACUUACUUGUGAAAUGAAUCAAAUAUCGGAUGUAGAAGCUAAUCGGUCAUUAACGAAACAUAGAAAAAUAGCGUCGUCUUUCAGAGAUACUCAAUUGUAUGAAAUAUUCCGUUUGUCUUGUGCUUUACUUGGCACUGCUUGCGAAAAUUGUAAAAAUUUAAAUUUCAAUGAUGAAAGUCAGCAUGGAUUGAUGACACAAAUGCUGCGUUUGGCCCAAAACUGUCUUACUUUCGAUUUCAUUGGCACGUCUACCGAUGAGUCUUCCGACGAUCUUUGUACAGUGCAAAUACCUACCAGUUGGAGGCCGGUUUUCCUUGAUUUUUCGACACUUAAACUCUUUUUUGACUUAUACCAUUCCUUACCUAGUUCGUUGUCUUCAUUAGCUUUGUCUUGUUUAGUACAAAUCGCUUCAGUGCGCAGAUCGUUGUUCAGCAAUCCUGAGAGAGCUAAAUUUUUUUCGCAUCUCGUAAGCGGUGUUAAACGCAUCUUACAAAAUCCGCAGGGAUUAAGUGACGCAGCAAAUUACCACGAAUUCUGUAGGCUUUUGGCGAGGCUAAAAUCCAACUAUCAAUUAGGUGAGCUGGUCAUGGUUGAAGAUUAUCCAGAGGCUAUCCAGCUUAUUGCAAAAUUUACUAUCCAAAGUUUGCAGAUGUGGCAGUUUGCUCCAAAUAGCGUUCAUUAUUUAUUAAGUCUAUGGCAAAGAAUGGUAGCAUCAGUUCCUUAUGUUAAAGCGUCUGAGCCUCAUCUUUUAGAAACUUAUACUCCAGAAGUUACUAGUGCUUAUAUCACAUCCCGGUUGGAUUCUGUAGCUGUUGUUGUCAGAGAAGGUCUGGAGGAUCCUUUAGAUGAUCUCGGAAUGAUACAGCAACAAUUAGAACAGCUGUCGGUAAUAGGUCGAUGUGAAUAUCAAAAAACGUGUGCAUUAUUAGUUCAACUUUUUGAUCAAUCAGCAAGGACUUACCAGGAAUUACUUUCAACGACGACCUCACAACAAAUUGAUAUUACAAUUCAAGAAGGUCAACUAACGUGGCUGGUGUACAUAAUUGGCUCGGCAAUCGGGGGUAGGGUGUCAUUUAAUAGUAACGAAGAACAUGAUGCCAUGGAUGGGGAAUUGGUGUGCAGAGUAUUGACAUUAAUGAAUCUUACUGAUUCGCGACUGGCGCAGGGUGGCUGUGAAAAAUUAGAACUUGCCAUGUUAAAUUUUAUCGAACAGUUUCGUAAAAUUUACAUUGGGGAUCAGGUUCAGAAAAAUUCGAAAGUUUAUAGAAAAUUGUCGGAGGUUCUAGGAUUGAACGACGAGGCUACUGUUUUGAGCGUUUUUAUUAGGAAAAUAAUAACAAAUCUGAAAUAUUGGGGCAGAAGUGAGCAUAUAAUCAGUAAAACGUUGCAAUUAUUAAAUGAUCUUUCGGUGGGAUAUAUUUGCGUAAGAAAGCUGGUAAAAUUAGAGGAAGUACAGUUUAUAUUAAACAACCAUACCAGUGAGCAUUUUCCAUUUCUCGGAAAUACCGUCGCCAUAAGUGAGAUGCGGUGUAGGUCGAUGUUUUACACGUCAUUGGGACGUUUGCUUAUGGUUGAUCUCGGCGAAGACGAAGAUCGAUUUCAUACUUUUAUGCUUCCUCUAACAGCGUCAUUUGAAAGCUUAGGGUCACUGUUGACUUCUGCUGAUACACCUCUCUAUGCUGCAGAUGAAGCCAAAGCGGCAUUAAUUGGCUUGGCGAGAGAUUUACGCGGUUUAGCAUUUUCUUUUAACACCAAAACGUCAUAUAUGAUGUUGUUUGACUGGUUGUAUCCUAAUUAUACUCCAAUAUUGUUAAGAGCGAUUGAGUUAUGGUAUCAUGAUCCACAAGUUACGACGCCUGUUUUAAAACUUUUUGCCGAGAUUGUACAGAAUAGGUCUCAAAGACUACAGUUCGAUGUGUCUUCACCGAAUGGUAUAUUAUUGUUUAGAGAGACCAGUAAACUGAUAUGUAGUUACGGUAGUAGGAUAUUGAAUGUCGAAGUAGCGAAAGAGCAAAUAUAUCCGUUGAAAUUAAAAGGAAUAUCGAUAUGCUUUUCAAUAUUAAAGGCUGCUUUGUGUGGAAGCUAUGUCAAUUUCGGAGUGUUCAGGCUGUAUGGCGACGAAGCCUUAGAUAAUGCUCUUAAUAUUUUUGUAAAACUUCUUUUAUCCAUACCACAGUCCGACUUACUGGAUUAUCCGAAAUUGUCACAGACUUACUACGUACUAUUAGAAUGUGUAGCGCAAGAUCAUAUGAGUUUUCUAUCCACGUUGGAACCACAAGUCUUUUUGUACAUUCUUUCCUCGAUUUCAAAAGGACUAACUGCCUUAGGUGGGCAAUUGAAUAACUAUACAGAUACGAUGGUUUGCACGGGUUGUUGUGCCACAUUGGAUCACAUAGUUACAUAUUUAUUUAAGCAGCUGACCCAAAAAGUAUAUCCAGGCAAGAAAAAUCGUGUAGGUCUAGCACCAUCCGGCGACAUGUUUGUUAAAGUACUCAAAAUGCACCCGGAAAUAAUGCAACAGAUCCUCAGCACGGUUUUAAAUGUUAUAAUGUUCGAAGAUUGCCGCAAUCAGUGGUCUAUGUCGCGACCUCUAUUGGGUUUGAUACUGUUAAAUGAGAAUUAUUUCAAUCAGUUACGUGAGAACAUUAUUCGUAGUCAACCGCCAGACAAACAAGGUGCCAUGGCUCAAUGGUUCGAAAACCUGAUGGAUGGUAUUGAAAGAAAUCUUCUUACUAAAAAUAGAGAUAAAUUUACACAAAACCUUUCAAUGUUCCGUAGAGACAUAAACGACUCGCUAAAAGGACCUACUGUAAAUGCGUCGUCAGUGAAUGAUAUGAUGACUUCAUAGUGAUAAUUUGAAUGUUGUUAUUGCGUUGCAUACUUGUUUGUACGGUUGUAAUAUAGGAAAUCAGUUGUUUUCAAGUCUGUCCAUAUUGUUUUUCCAUGCAUCGUUAUAUCAUCAAUAUCGCACCAGUUACUACGUGUAUACUAUUUUAUUUUUUAAUCACAUCAUUUUCCUUUCUAUUUUUUUCUUUCGAGCUUAAGCAGUGCAUCGGUAAGUGUAUGUAUAUCAGCUGUUGCAGUUAUUAUCAUUUUUUGUUUUGGUAAUCGUAAUCGUUUCGGACUCGUCGCGCUAUUGAGGAUUGAAAAAAACAACUAUAAAAUAAAUAAGAUGCAUAUA